AAUCUUCACUGCACUGCACUGCGACCUCAACCCUCUCAACAUCUCAAUCAGAUGAUCUUCGCCCACCAUUCACUACCGUCGCUCGCCGUCUAUACCCAAUAAAAUGGCGACCACCACAAUCGCUGCACCCGCCGCGAAUACCUCCAACUACUACAUGAAUCCUCACGCAGGGCCCUCACCGCCCGAUACGCUCUACUCCAAGAACCACUACGAUCCACGACAAAGUCAAUCGCAAGACCCGUCACCAACCAACAUCUCUCCAACUUCCUUCCACUCCGGCCACAGCAACCACCACAACAACACCGCCCGUCAACUACGGCAGCCUCGCCAACCACUCUACGUCCCCGCCGCUCUUCGUCCAGAGAACAAACUCGGCCGACCCACCGACAUUCCCACUCGCCCACGUGCGCCCGACACACCACCCGCCAGCACCGACUCUUCCUUCGACAGCAUUCGCACCGACUCCGCCUCCACCCUCGACCUUCCCACCUCCCCCUUCACCUCCGGCAGCAGCCUCGCCUCCUUUCGCGAAGACGCUUCCCUCCGUCGAGGCCUCACCCGCGCCGAGUCCGACGCCCUCUCAGAAGAGCUAGGAGAAGUCACCGGCGCACCCACAACCGCUCACUGGAAACCUGACGCUUCAGCCGUGGCAUGUUACAUCUGCGCUCAACAAUUCACAUUCUUCUUCCGACGGCAUCAUUGUCGACGGUGCGGGAAUUUGGUCUGCGAUCAGCAUAUCAAGCAUACCGUUCCGCUGGAUCAGAACGCACGAUAUCAUCCGAAUGGGACCGCGAGCAAGGCGUGUAAGAGUUGUUGGGAUGGCUGGAAGGUCGUGAGGAGACUGCAUCAUUCCCGUGCGGGGAGUAUUGCCGAGAGCUCGAAUAGUUCGCAAGGGACCGCGAUGCCCAUUCCCAGCGCGGCGAAGAAGAGCGAUGGCUUUCGGAUUGGCAGUAUGGCUAGGAGCGAGGGUGGAAUGGUCUGGAGCACGUUCUGA